AUGGCGUCUGCCUCUCGCAGCCGUAGAAAACCCAGUGGGGAUUGCAUCUUUGCCAGUCGACCCCGACCCGUGGGGACCCGCGGCAAAUACAAAGAGGCCCCUGAUAAACAUGUAAACAUCAUAUAUGACCGUCGUAUUGUCCGAGGAAAUACUUUUGGUCAACUCGUCGUACCAACCGCGGACCCUGCUGAAAUACAAAGACAGCAGGAGAUCAAGCGGAAAGCCAUCGCUAUAAAACGAGCUCAAGAGCAGUGCAGGGCCAAGACUCCUGAAGCUCUGCAGGGGAGAAAACACAUUGAUGUACAAACAGAUCUUUAUCUUGAAGAACUGAGUAAUGUUAUAGUGGCCACAGAUAUCGAGUGUCAGACGGAUGCUUUCCUGGACAGACCAGCGUCCCCACUCUUCAUACCGGCCAAGUGCGGAGAGGAUGUUGCCACACAGAUAGAGGAGGGAGAGUUGUUUGACUUUGACAGGGAGGUGCAGCCUGUGCUGGAGGUGCUGGUGGGAAAGACAAUCGAGCAGUCUCUGCUGGAGGUGAUGGAGGAGGAGGAGCUGGCCUGUCUCAUGGCCCAGCAGAGGGCCUUCCAUGAGCUGCGGAAUAUCCAUCUGGCAGAAGUGCAGCACCUUCAGGAGAAGGAGAGACGCCACCGUGAGGAAAAGGAGCGGAGGAUUGCACAGCAGGAGGAGGUUCUGGAGAAAGAAAGAGAGACUGCAGAGAAGAUUGCUGCCCGGGCGUAUACCAAGCAGGACCUGGCUGACCUCGUACCUGCAGCCUUCACCUCGCUCAGAAGCAACGGCUACUUUGACGACCCCGUGGAGACAGAUGUUGAGACAGAUUUCCUACCAUGGCUGAUGGAUGAGGUGAACAGCAAAUUGGAAAGGAGAUUCACAGCUAGACAGCUUCUGGACAAUAUCAUCCAUGACGUCGCUCAGAAGAGGCUGGAGCAGUUCAAGGAGCCGGAGACAUAA